GAAAUGAAGAUAAAGUGUUGUGGAUGUUUUUCAAAGGCAAUUUGGUGAUGAAAACGCUGUUGGAAAAGUAAAAGUGGAGAAAGCAACUGAAGAAGAAGUAGAAGACGACACCGAAGAAGAAGCACAAAAAGGAAGGAUAACUGGGUCGAGCUCAUUUCAACUCGUUAGCUCACUCACUGAGUCAUCAUGGGCUGCUGUGAAUCGUCGUUCCUUACAGAGACACACCCAGAAAAAGAUGACCAGCAUCACCACAACAACAGCCACAAUACCCAGAACCCACCCUUCAGCCCUCCCUCCCCUGCCGGCGGUGCCGACGGGGCUGCCGCUGGGGGAGUCCCAUCCUUCUCCGAGUUCUCCUUCUCGGACCUUAAGGCAGCUACUAAUAACUUCAGCUCUGACUCCAUCGUCUCCGAGAGCGGCGAGAAGGCCCCCAAUAUCGUCUACAAGGGUCGCCUCCAGAACCGUCGGUGGAUCGCCGUGAAGAAAUUUACGAAGAUGGCGUGGCCGGACCCGAAGCAGUUCGCUGAGGAGGCUUGGGGUGUUGGGAGGUUGCGGCAUCAGAGACUUGCCAAUCUGAUUGGUUAUUGCUGUGAUGGUGAUGAGAGGUUGCUUGUUGCUGAGUACAUGCCAAAUGAUACUCUUGCUAAGCAUUUAUUCCACUGGGAAAAUCAAACCAUUGAAUGGGCCAUGCGUUUGAGAGUAGCCCUUUUCAUUGCUGAAGCCUUGGAUUUUUGUAGUACUGAAAGCCGUUCAUUGUACCACGAUCUGAAUGCAUAUAGGGUUCUCUUUGAUGAGGAUGGUGACCCACGGCUUUCAUGUUUUGGCUUGAUGAAAAAUAGUAGAGAUGGGAAAAGUUAUAGCACAAAUCUUGCCUACACACCGCCGGAAUAUCUAAGAAAUGGAAGGGUCACCCCUGAAAGUGUUAUUUACAGCUUUGGUACUGUCCUUUUGGAUCUGCUAAGUGGAAAGCAUAUCCCGCCAAGUCAUGCUCUUGAUUUGAUAAGGGACAAAAAUAUCAUCCUUCUGAUGGACUCACAUUUGGAGGGAAACUUCUCUACAGAAGAAGCAACAACUGUUGUUGGUCUUGCCUCUCAAUGUUUGCAAUAUGAACCUAGAGAGCGGCCUAAUACAAAGGACCUUGUUGCAACACUUGCCCCACUGAAAACCAAACCUGAUGUUCCAUCUUACGUCAUGCUUGGGAUUCCAAAGCAUGAGGAUGCUCCACCAACCCCACAGCACCCUCUAUCACCAAUGGGUGAGGCCUGUUCACGACUGGACCUCACAGCAAUCCAUCAGAUCUUGGUUAUGACACACUACAGAGAUGAUGAAGGAACCAAUGAGUUGUCCUUCCAAGAAUGGACCCAACAGAUGAGAGAUAUGCUGGAAGCAAGGAAGCGUGGGGACUUUGCAUUCCGUGACAAGGAUUUUAAAACAGCCAUUGAUUGUUAUUCUCAGUUUGUAGAUGUGGGAACCAUGGUGUCCCCAACUGUUUAUGCACGGCGCAGUCUAUGCUAUCUGCUGUGUGACCAACCAGAUGCUGCCCUUAGAGAUGCAAUGCAAGCCCAAUGCGUCUACCCAGACUGGCCUACGGCCUUCUACAUGCAAUCAGUGGCUCUUGCCAAAUUGGACAUGCACAAGGAUGCUGCUGACAUGCUAAAUGAAGCUGCUGGACUUGAAGAGAAGAGGCAAAAAGGUGGGAGAGGAUCAUGAAAAGAAACCCAAUAAUCAGAAUAAAUUGAUUAACCACCAUCAUGAUUCUUCAUGUCACAACAAGUUUGUGUACAAUCUGGGUUGGGAAUUGAACUUGCCCAUCAAUUGAAAAUGUAUUAUAGAGAAACCUUGUUCUCAUUGCAUUUAAUAUCUGUGUGUUUCACUGUUUUGAAUUAAAAAUCUCGGCCUCAACCUGUAAAAAAUACAUGUGAGUCAUUUGUCAUAAGUCAUCACAACUGUGUCUUCUACCUUCUUCUACGUGUAUAAUAUCAAGUUCAUCUA